AUGGCUGGGAUGACUUUGGGGACCGAAAAGUUUGAAUUGGGCUGCUUACAGACGCUUGGUCAGGGGAAUGCAAUGGUGAAGGUAGAUGGUCAUCUUCUGGGGAAUGCCGCUGUUCCACAUUUUCUAAUACUAACGUGGAAGAAUUUUGACGAUUAUGCGGGGUGCUACAAACAGGUAAGUUUUAAACAACUUAAUUCUGCAAAUUAGAC